GGGGGUUCUGAAACGUAAACUUUGGCCGUACGGAAACUGCGUCGUAUUUGGAUGUCUCAUUGUCUUUGUGGCGAAAAGGCAGCGUGCUAAAUCCGUCGUUUGCCACCGUCGAGCGGCAGCUGAAGCCCAAAACAGAGUCACCGUCUUUUUCUCUCUCCUUUCAGAUGACGGCGCUGAGACCUCUCCCCGGGCGAUCACGAUCGCUGCGAUAUUCGUCGGAGAAGAUGGAAGGUACCGGAAGCUGGGACGUGCUUGAAUGGACUAAACUCGAUUCAGCUUCGUGGUCAAGCUCGUAUUCGAACUUGGAUUGCUUGCUGGAAGCUGAGAAGAUUCUCUUCGAGGCUUGUGGAGUUAUUCUCAUUAACACCAAUGAGGCAGGGACCCUCUUGUUGUCAAAUUUCCGUAUUCUGUUUUUGAGUGAAGGAACCAGAAAGCUUGUUCCGCUUGGUACAAUCCCUUUUACAGCUAUCGAGAAGUUUAACAAACUGGCGCUGAAAGUUCAAUCAAAUAAAUAUCACAACAACGAGAAUGCACCAAAUCGACUUUUACAGGUCACUGGAAAAGACAUGAGGAUAGUGGUCUAUGGUUUUCGACCUGGAACCAAACAGAGACGCGCUGUAGUUGAUGCACUAUUAAGGUCUAAUAAACCAGAGAGAGUAUGGGAUCUUUAUGCUUUUACAUGUGGGCCUUCCAAAUUCAGUAACACAAACCCAAAGGAAAGAUUGCUUAAUGAAUACUUUCGGCUUCUUGGAAAAAGUUCACAACGAGCAUCAAUGAAUAUGAUUGAAGACGGUUCAUUCACUCUGUCCAAUGACCUUUGGCGGAUAACUAACUUGAACUCGAAUUAUGAAAUUUGUCAGAGUUAUCCGUUUGCUUUGAUGGUUCCAAAAUCCAUUAGUGAUGAAGAUCUGAUCCAGGCUUCUACUUUCCGAGCAAGAUGUCGCUUACCUGUGAUCUCGUGGUGUCAUCCGGGAAGUGGAGCUGUGAUUGCUCGCUCAUCACAACCUUUAGUUGGUUUGAUGAUGAACAUGAGGAGUAACUUUGAUGAGAAACUAGUCGCUUCAUUUUGCACUCAGUUAGCUGGCCAUAAGGAAGAACGAAGGAAGCUUUAUAUAGUAGAUGCAAGAUCUAAGAAAAAUGCAUUAGCAAAUGGAGCAAAGGGAGGAGGCUCAGAAUCGUCUUCAAAUUAUUUGCAAUCUGACGUCUGUACAUGGCCUAAACUGGUUUGCAGCUCAAUAUUUUGUCUUCUGGAACUGCUUGUUUUUACUGACAAUGUUUCUCUUCAGAUUAUUUUUUUGGGGAUAGACAACAUACAUGCAAUGAGAGAUAGCUUUUCCCGCCUUAGGGAUUAUUUAGAUAUGCAUGGUACAACAUCGUCCGAUGGGACGUCAUCAUUCUUGAGGCAUGGUGGCUGGACGUGGGGUGGAGGUAAUCUCAGUAGUAUGUCUGCUUCAGUAUCUUUGCUUGGAGAUAGUGGUUGGUUGAGUCACAUCCAGAGCAUCUUAGCUGGUGUAGCAUGUAUUGCUGCACGUGUUGCUAUGGAGUCAGCAUCCGUUCUAGUGCACUGCAGUGAUGGAUGGGACAGAACAACGCAGCUGAUUUCUCUUGCAUGCUUAUUACUUGAUCCAUACUACAGAACAUUUUCUGGGUUCCAGGCUCUUGUCGAAAAGGAUUGGUUAGCAUUUGGUCACCAAUUUUCUGAUCGGGUGGGAAUGCCUAACGUGUCUGAAUCUUGUAAUUUUGAAGUACCAAUUCAGUCUUCUUCUGCUCGAAGUUUCCCUUCAUCUCCAGUACAGCAACUUUCAGGAUCAGCAAUUGCUCAAUCUUCUAGCUCUUCAUAUGGGCUGAACAACUAUUCUCCUAUAUUUUUGCAGUGGCUUGAUUGCGUUUCACAGCUAAUGCGGAUGUAUCCUUCGGCUUUCGAGUUUUCUCCGACUUUCUUGGUAGAUUUCAUGGACUGCUUGCUUUCAUGUCGUUUUGGGAACUUUUUUUGCAAUAGUGAAAAAGAGAGGCAACAAUGUGGGAUUUCUGAGACCUGUGGAUGUCUUUGGGCCUACUUGGCUGAUUUGCGUUCCUCCAGUGGAACUUUUCAUGUCCAUUGUAACCCAUUUUAUGAUCCUUCAAUACAUGAUGCCCUAUUACUACCUGCUGCAGCAGCUCUAGCCCCGACUCUCUGGCCCCAGUUCCAUCUCCGGUGGGCCUGCCCUGUGGAACCGAACGCUGCAGAAAUCGAGGACCAAUUUAGAGCCAUGACUGCUAUGUAUUCAGAAAUGAAAAAGGAGAAAGAAGAAGCUGAAAGGAAGGUAGAUGAGUUAUCUUCUGCAGUGGAGUCACUGAGAGAAGAGUUACUGACCGAGAGAGACAUAAGCCAUGCAGCUAGAGAAUCAGCAAAGAGAGCUACAAAAGAGUGUGCCGUCAUAUCACGAGCUGUGCAGUCACUUGGCUGUAAAGUGAAAUUCACAAAGAACGGAGAUUGCACAGUUGAAGUAGAAGACGGGCCGCAGAAGUGUUCUCACUCAAUUCUCCAAAAUCCAUCAGACACCACAGAUGUCUCAGAAUCUAUCUCAUCGGUGACUGAACAAAAUGUUUGUGAAGCAUUGUGUCCGUUGCGUACAAGAGAAGGAACGUGUCGAAGGCCUGAUGCGGGUUGUGCUCAGAUAGGGAGCCAAUUUCUUGGUUUAAAAACAAACUUUGAAGCGUUUGAAAAUCUCUCCAUCCGCGAAGGCUAUUUUGCAGCUGAAUGAGAGUCCCAAGUUACACCAGCUUCACCGUAAAUGUGUGUGUGUGUGUGUUUUUUGACAGAGUAAAGGCAUAGCAACAGCAAUGAGGAACAGAAACAUCAAUAAAACCCGCCUAAAAAGAAAGGCGGGUUAGAAAACCUGCCAAACCAAGAGAAUGUGGGUGGGCGUCGGGAACUAACUUCUUCUUGUAUAGCAAUGCGAUCAUGUUGCAGCAGGUUGGUGUUAUCGACCUCAGGCAUCAUUGAGAACGUUAGAUAUUAUUGUGAUUUUGUUUUUGUUGGUCCCGUUGAUAAAAAGACUGAACGUUAUGUACAAUUUCUCAACGAAGUUGUUGUAACUAAAACUGAUAAAUAGGAUUACUGAGACAAGCAAUAGUCAUCAUUAUAUAUAUAA